CGGCAUUCACAUUCAAUUCAUACUAGCUGUGCGUUGUUCUAAGUGUCGUUUUCGAGGGAAAAAUAAAAAAGCAUCUCUGAUCAUAGAACACAUAUUAAAAAAUCACUUAUAUUAUAUUGAAAUAGUUGAAAUUUAUAGAAAAACUCUUCAAAAUGACCGACGGAACGCCGGAUGAUAUGUGGACACCGUUCAAACAGCUACAGCGUGUGGUUGAAACAUUUUUGUCAAAGCGCGCACCAGACGCGUCACUUGCAAAUCUCGAACUGAUUUUACAAAAACACAAGCCCGACUUUAUAAAUUUGCUAAAAAAUUCGCCAAAGAACGCAAAGUGUCGAGAUGAAAUCCAGAAAGGUAUUACGGAUGGCGUUAAUUUACCUGGUCUUGGUCACACAAUUCUGUCAAAAGAUUUGGUAGAUGAAAGUAUCAUACUCUCGGACAUGUUCAAUUUAAAUGAGUACAAAGCCUUGGAGCUUUUGUGUACAGCACAACAGCAAAUACCGCAUCAUCCUGGAUUGCCGCGUGGUUUGGUUGCCAUUCUACUAUACUACGAUGGCCGAAAGACUUUGGUCACAACAUUAAAGCAAUUGUUUCAGUCACGUUAUGGCAUCUCAUGGUGUACGGAAGCAUCACAAGAUAUUACCACAUUCAUAACAAAUUACACCGAUUCAUUGGUGGCCGAUGGUCUUUUGAAUAAGAUCAUUGAAUUGCUAGAACAAAUGGAUUUAACACAAGAGCUAGCAUUGUUGAGUGAAAACCGUGCCUUGGGUCCACCAAAGCAUCAUCGACAAGUGUUGGAUUCUUUCGAAGAAAUUCGCAUUCAAUUGGCAACCACAUUGUACUGUUGGGCGGCACAAAGUGGUUUACCACGAAAUACAACGCUUAAAUUGAUUCAAUACCUUUCAAAAUACACAUCAGACGAUUCACGCGGUGGCAUUGACGAUGUGACGUUGGCAUUAAUCAUGGCAUUGGUAUACGCAUUCGAUUUGAGUGUCUUGAAACGACGUGAUGACGGUGAAGAUGUUGUUCUACAAUUGCCCAUCGUUAACGAUCCGAAUUACAUUAAAGAUGUUUAUUCGGCGCUCACAACCGAAUGGAAAACAAAUGAACUGCGAUCGGUUGGCUUGUUUUCGUUUGCGUUGACAAUAGCAACACUGCGACAGGCACCACAAAAUUUACAACAAAAUGCCAGCGAUUUGAUCGAUCAGCAUGAAUUACUUGCCGAAACGGCGAUUCAAGAGAAAGUCUUCGAUUUCAUUUAUCACAUUUUGUUGGAAAAAGAUACAGUUUUCCGAACAGAAUUUUACUUUCGGCGCAUUCAUUAUUUGCUAACGGAUUUCAUAGAAUUUAUGCACUCAAAGGUGAAUGAACUGAGGGCACGUGCCGAUGAAACAGCCCGAACAAUUCAAAUUCAUCAACAACAAGGGCUGGAUCCACCACCAAAUCUUGAUCGACACUUCGAAACACUAUUGCUUACAGUCGGCAAAUUGUACAGCAAUGAUCAAAUGAACUUAAAUUUGGAUUUGGAAUAUUGGGGACCGAUGGAAACUAGCGGCAACUAUCAACAUCAGCGCACCUCAAAUCGAUCAGUUUCAUUGUUUAAAUUCAUUCGAUUGGCGGGUGAAUUACUACCUCCAAUCCUAUUGAUUCCGUAUCUUAAAAUGCUGGCCGGUUUGUCAAGUUGCCAACAAUCAGCCCGGAAUGCAUUCAAUCUUCUCAAACAAGGUUCGAAUAUAUCGGGCAGCACAACAUUAUCAUGGGAACAUUUCUUUGGCUCUAUUUCGAGAUAUUAUACGACGCUUCGUCAAGAGCAACAUCCAGCAACCGACACCGUUUAUCGUAGUCGAGCCUUAAAUCGUAACAUCAGUCCACAAGAGUUGGCUGGCUUACAAGCAGUUUUGGCCGUUAUUCGAGCCGUAGCUACACACGACGAUGUGGCAAGAAUUGCGCUGUGUGAACAUCCUAGCUGGGCACCUCUGCAUGUUCUUUUGGGUUUGGUCAGCUGCUCCAUUGAUAUUUCACUUAAGACAGAUUUACUUCUGACGCUGGCAGCUCUCGGUAAAUCAAAAGAGACAGCACUUCAACUUUGGGUCAAUUUGGAGGCAAGCCAAAUAAUCACAACCAUUCCGUCGACAAAUAACUUCAGCUGCGUUCCACGUGGCAUCGAAUGUGAAAUCGACAAAACUGAGAGUCGCAAUGAAACAUAUCCGCUGACUCAAGCGAUUUUAGAACUUAUUUAUACACUGUCCUCAACGAUAAUGCCACGUAAUUUGGGAGCUGGACCGCGGAAACCAGGCAUUAUUCCAUAUUUCAACUUUAUUUUGGAAUCGAUUUUCUUGAAGUUUUACAAUCGAAUUUACAAAGACGAAGCGGAAAAAUGGAUUGUUGCCGAGAAAUGUUUGAAGAUCUUUGAUUUCUUUGUCAAGACAUACGAGAUAAAUCCAGCCGAUUUCCCGGUGAUGGGACAGAACAAAGACGAAUAUCCACCGCCAGGUUUUUACAUCAUGCUUGAAAUGAAUACCAACGAAAAAUCGGAUUUGUUAAAGCUCCUUUUGCAUAUCAUUGACGAGGCAUCACAUGCCCUCGACACGUUCACAAAUUUCCCGGGAAAAGCAAGAUUGGAAAAUUGUGUGCUGUACUCUUUGAAUAUACUUCAACGUUCACUGACGCAGCAGGAUCGUUUCUUUGAUGCACACUACGAGGCAAAAUGUUCGAUUCUGUUGUCUGGCUUGAACAAAUUGUUGCUUGGCAUAAAUUAUCGUAGCGGAAAACCCGAUCAUAUGUUGAACAUUGUUAAAUAUGUCACCUACAAUAGUUGGUUGCCAAAACAGGCACUACUCGCCGUACGAAUUCUAUCGCACGUUACACGUCAACCGGGCGUUCACACAUUGUUGCUGAGUGAAUUUACACGCACAAAUAAAUUGGCCAAUGAAAUUCGUCAUGGAUUUGUGGAAUGCUUGGAAUCCGAUUUGCCAGUGUUCACAGAUACCGAGAAUGUUGAUGCAACACCCGAAAAUGGCGACGAAAUCGAAUUGACGAUCAAAGAAGAGAUCAUAAAAUUACUUGAAGAAUGUCUACCCCAUUCGGCGCCAAACAUUUCACAUUACUUGCUUGGUUUUGAUAUAACAAAAGACAUUCGUCAAACGUUACUUCAACAGCCCGGCGUUUUGGAUUUCCCAAGCAAUUGCACCAAGUCGCUGAUUACAAUACUCGACGAAGGCAUUCAACAGCUCAAAGUUGGCAUUGAAAUACCAUUUAAUCAACAGCGUUUACUUCAGAAUGGUUACCGUCUUUUGUACACAUUGUGCUCAAAUCACAAGACGUCAGAGGUUAUUUUACGUUUUUUGCGUGAAUGCAAGGAAUUUUUAUUGCGACAUAUUUCGGUGCUGCCAUUCCAACACCAUGAAAAUCCAUUUGUUCUCAAUCAAAUGACGGGAUUAUUGAAAUGCGUGGCUAUUGAAUUGAAAAUCACAGCAAAUCAUCAACAAGUGAAACAAUUCAAAAAUCUCUCCGAUGUACUUUUGGGAACAAUUAAAACCGAAACCAGCACCGACAGUACACAACAUGAAGGAUUUUCUACCAUUGGCAACAAUACAACAAUGUUCUCAACGGCCGAUAAUUCAAUGUUUGGCAGAAGCAUCGUCAGUGGAUACAGAAAAGCAAAUGAAGGUGAUAAUAGUACGGAUCUGUUGAUUUGCAAACUGUUGGAGUGCCUUGAUUUUGAUAUAAAACAAUUGGAACGUCCAAAAUGGGAAGUGUUUGACAAUUCAUUGAUGGAUCAAUUGUUACAGAGCUGCAUCGUUCCACCUGAUUCGAAUGCGCAUGGCGGACUAAAAUUGAUAAACAUCAAGAAACUGCAUGACAUUCUCAAGGAUGAAUUAAAUAUCGUUCAAAGUACGAUUGCAUCAGGUCAACGUCAACACAUUCUACAUGAAAUCGAUCAGGUCCUCAAGUAUGCCGUCGAAUUGAAUACGCAAAAAAAUCGUUGCGCAUCAACCGUACAUUUUAUGGAAGCAUGGAGUCAAGUUACUGAGAUAUUGUUUGCUGUUGCUCCAAUAUUUGCAUUGUGCUACGAGGAUCGAGGUGGUUUUAUCAUUGAAAUUCUUCAAGCACUUUUGAAUAAGGUUGUGCAAGUGGACGUAAUGCCUGAAUUAGGAAAAAUUGCUUCAUCAACAUUACUUCAAAUGCUCGUUUGUUUGCGUCAUUGGUACAAACACGCAAAUGUCACCUUCGAUUCAAAUGGAUUGGCCAUGCAAAGCUCUGCAAACCAUACGCUGAACAAUGGAGCAUCGUUCAAUAUUGGUUCGUCAAAUUUGACACUCACACCGAAAACCAAUAGCUUGAGUUUGAAGUACAUUUUAAAGAAUAUCGUCGAUUGGAUCAUCAUAAGCGGUGAAGCAUCUCAGAAAUUGAAAAUCAAUUUGUAUGCAUCGCUCUUGAAUUUCAUGCACAUUGUCAAGGGAUUCAAUUCAAAGGAAACACUUUUGGAUGACCAGAAAUCAGACCACUAUGUUUCUCGUUUGGAUCGAUCAAUGGUUCGUGCUGUAGCCGAAAGUAGCAGCAAAACAAAUUUAACACAACUGGCGGUAGAAGUGUUCAACACAGUUGGCGAUAAAAUUGUGGAUAUUCUAUGUCACGAUUGUACCGGCGGUCAUGAUGUGUGCAAAAUGCUUGCUCUCUCUUGCAUUGAUAUGCUUCUCGACAUCGAUUCGAUGGUCAGUUUCAUUCAGUUCAUUUCGCGCCGUGGUUAUUUGGCCCAUUUAGUCGAUAGUUUGUUAAAAACAGACGAUCAAUUGUGUCGCGUCUUGGAAAGUGUCCCGGAGAAUAUGAAGGCAUUAUAUGUAUACGAAUCAAAAAUGGCAAUGUUGGGUCGCGUUGCAAGCUCAUACGUUGGCGCUGAAUUGCUGUUGGAACAUCGAUCGUUGGGUAUUUUAUCGGGAAUGAAAGUGUACGACAUGCAUCCAGAUUUUCAAGUUAAUAACUAUAUGAGCCAUCAGUAUUCACAGUUUAUACCACCAGUUGACAUUCGAUACCAGCAAAUUCUAUUCCCAGCAUUAAAUUUGUGCGACAUUAUUCUAUCGACACUUGGACCCGAAAAUUAUUCGGCCAUAACACAGGUCGUACAUUUUCUAUUGUCACACGGUGAUAUGAUUGAGAUUGUACUUCGUGCUGGAACACCAUUCCUCAAUAUUGGAUUGCUACAAGAGUUAUCGGCCAUCACUGGAUUGAUUGCACGAUCGGCGAAUCAGGACAUUUCCAAUUUAAUCGAACCAAAUUCAAAUCAAGACUUGGGCGCACAUUUGUAUCGUUUGCAAAAGCUCAUGUUAAAUCUAUUCCCACGAUUCAUCGUCUCCGAAUCAACGCUCAAAGAAAUGGGUAAAUCGAAUUUAAUCGCACACGAAUCCCAGUUGAAUAUGUCGCGAUCAUUUUCAAUCAACACCAAUAAUUAUGCAAGUGAUAAUAAUCAACAAAAGGCGAAAACACUUCAAAUUAAAUAUUUCCUACAAAUUGCUUGUAAUUUGUCAUUGUACGCUAGAAAUGCCAUUGCUAAUCAUAGCGCCGAUCAUCGUGCCACUGGAAUCUUAUUCUCGCCAACACUUAACGAAGGAUUACAAAGAAAUGAGAUUCGGUCCGGCACAUUGGAAGCAUCGCCCAGUCUUGGCAUUGUAGUGUCACAGCUCAAAAAUUGCGUAGAGUAUUAUAAUCGUGAGAAAGGUGCCUAUGAUGGCCUCCUAAGACAACGCAAAGCCUUGGAAGCUAGUUUAAAUAUCAAUCAAAGAGAUCAACAACAGUACGAAACACUGUCCGAGAAAUUGAUCAACAAACAAGAUGAGCUAAAAUACUGCAUUUUCCUUACUGAGAAUUGUUUAUAUUUGCUUUGGGCACAUCUGGACUUUUUCAUGCUUCGAGCAAUCUCAGUAAAUCCACUACAAUUCAACAAGUCUUUGAGUAGAAAUUUUGACUCUUCGAUUACAUCAUCGAUCGAUGCUGGUUGGAAGGUGACAGCCGAUGAUGUGAGCGUAUUGAAGAAAACAUUGGUUCAAAUAUUCACCGAAACAUUCUGCAAGCAAUUGAUUGCUACGACCCAAGAUCAAACGUCGACCGAUAAAAGUUUUGUCGAAGCUCUGCUCAGGCGCAUCAAGCAUCUGAUUCAAUUUGUGCCAGUCAAAUAAACAGCAUACUAAUUUACAGAGAGAAAAAUGAAAAAUACAGACUUUUGUUUAAAUUAA